AUCACGUCGGACGCAACGCGGCUUUCCCUUGCUCUCCCCCGCCUCCUGCUUUUGCCAGCGAAGUCGCUUUGGGCGCCUGCGCAGACGGAAAGGGCUCGCGUUGCUAAGAAGGGAGAAGGCCCUUAGUUACCGCGCGUUGCUGCUGCUCCGCGGUUGGAGGGGACGGGGAAACGAUGGUGGCGACCCCGCAGGUAAGUCAACUUUUGUGGUGGCGGUGUAGAGAUGCUUCCCCCUCCCUCGGGACCAUUUAUGGAGGCGGAGGGUUACUUUGUAGGCACGACCCUGGCUCCCCUCACCUUGGGACCUUGUAGAAGUCCGAGCUGGUAAAUUUUAGUUGCCUCCCGCCUUUCCGUAGCCAGAAAAACCAUGCUGAAAGGCGGCUUACAAACGGGGGACGGGGCGGGAAUUGCAUUAUUACAAACACAGCAAAAGCAGGCAGGAGCAGUAAAUAAAACACAUCCAAAAGCAUGCAACCAUAUUGGAAAAUUCCCACAUAAAUCAUAAUAAGAUCCAAAACAAAUGUACAAAAAAAAUUCAGUAGCAGCAACAAAAGCCCCCUCAAACAAACAUUACCCCAGUCCAAGAGUCCUCUUGAAUUUGAUUUUUUAAAAAAUAGGAUACAUGGAAACCACCAUCAAAUCACAGAUCGUAUCUGCGCCUAACAGACUGAAUUAUACAGAAUCAGAGAAUUGUAGAGUUGUAAGCAACCCUGAGGAUCAUCUAGUCCAAUCUCCUGCAGUGCAGGAAUAGAUCCCACACUUGUGGUGCAGCAAACUUGCAAUAUUUUUAUACUGAUCCCCCCCCCCCCAAAAAAACCCCUACUAUUAAAAACAUGACAUCUGUAACAUGUCAGCCAACACCAGAAACAUUGUGGCACGGUCUGAGGAUACUGUACAGAUGUAAUGUGAUUUGAUGGUGGUUUGAGGGAGAGGCUCCUGUUCAAGAAUCUGUAAGGAUCUGUGCCCCCUAGGCCUAGAUCCAAUGGUUAAUGCUGUUAAUGUGAGUUUUGAGGUGCUGGUUACACUGAGUUUUGAGGUGCCUGUGACAACAGACGUUAUAGUGGUUUUGGUGGCUUUCUGUAUAAAACCUAUGUGAAAAAUCUGCCCAAUGCCUCAGAUCCAUGUUUUCGUGCCAUGGUUGUGUCAGAAAACACCAGCUACAUCAUGAUUCUUCAUGCUUCAGCCUCUGGAGAGGGAGAUUCUAUAAUGGGAUUAAGAUAAACUUUUGUAAAAAUGCAAUUUCAGGCAGAUUGUUUUUUUAAUUACUAGAUGCAACUCCUACUUGCUUCCAAAUCUACUUACUGUAUUUCUGUUCCUCAGUGCCAAAUCAUAGACUUACUGAUAGAAUUACCCUCAUUUUUCGAACUACAAAUGCUUAGGAAAUCUCAGCACUGCAAGCUUGUAAUGAUUUUAUGCCAGCUUAUUCACUGCUAUAGCUCUCCCAAAAGAGUCCUGGGAACUAGCCCUUGGAGAGAGUGUGUAGUAAUAUAGCUCAAGAACAAGAGAUUCUGGCCUACUAUUUUAUUGUCCCAAUUGCUGGAACAGGGUGGCUUUGCUUUCUAGAACUCUUAGAUCCACCAGCUGUAGCCUGAUACAAAAGUCAUAGCUAAGAACCAAACAAAGCUGACAUACCACUCCAAAAUACACUUGUCGCCCCAAGCUUUCUUCAUUUUCACUAGCAUUCUUUUUGGCAGGUUCGGGCAUUUGGAAAGUUGGAAGUCAAAAAUCCUUGCAGAGAACCCAGAUUUUCUUUCUUUCCACCGUGCUAGAUCAAUCAAUAAAACAUAAUGUUAUUUGGUUAAUUGUGGGUAUUCAUUAAUUCUACAUUAAUCUGGGAAGGGUUCUUAGAAUUUCUGAAUAAUGAUAGCACUUUUUCAUUUUGCUUUGUUUUUUGUUUAUUUGCCUGUGCUCUUUCAUUUUUGAGGUAACUAUGGAGGGAGAACUUCGUAAUAUAAUCGUCUUCAAUGCUUCUAAAAAGGAAAUUUUUACUAUGAACAAUGGUUAUAGGAUUCUACAAAAAAAGCUUCGAAGCAACUGGAAGAUACAGAGGUGAGUGGAGUAUGUAUUGUUUUCUUUUUUCUGAUCUGUGUUAGCUUCCUGCUUUUUACUACUGUUCUGAGAGGAGAAGGCGAGCCAUCUUUUGUUUCUAGACCAGCAUUGAAGUUUGAUGAAGGCAUAAAAUUGCUUUAAAGUACCCAGGACAAUGGCUGCCCCAUAACAGUUAAAUUUUUGCUCUCCUCGUAUCUUGUACAAUAUCUGUAUAUCUGAUUGCAGAUUUUAAACAAGCUUAUUUUGUUAGUAUAGGAUAUUGGCAGAGUGUGGGUUUCAUAGUCUUUCAUUCAAGCCUUACCUCAACCACAGCUUUUCAAGAUGGGUCUAAGCCCCUGUUCUUUAAAGCAUCAGCCCUUCAACCUCAUUGUGGGGAUAAUUGUGCAAGUGACAUGAGGCUUUUAGCUUAAUAUACCUAUAUGCAUUUGGCAUUAGGUCUUCGUGGUUUGUAAUAUAUCUCCCUUGAACAUUUUGAUAAUAGAAUGAGAUUUGGUAAUCUUGUUCAGGACAUCAGUCUUUAUUUUAGGGUUGAAUACCUUCUUAUUUUUGUAGUCAUUUUCAAAGUAGAGAAGAAAAUUAAAAAUACAUUAUAAUGCAACAUCUGCCUAGACAAUUGAGGUAUUGACCCAGCAUGCAUGCCACAGUAAGCCAUAGUUCACCCUCAACACCGCUAAAAUGGCUCUUUUCCUUCUCCCUGCUGAGAAAAAACAAAACACGAUCACUGUCUUUGUGUUAUGUCCAAUCCUGGAAUUGUGGUUUGCCAAUGAUAUGCGUUAUUGGGUAACAUGUCUUCUAUUAAUUUGUCCAUAGUUUAAAAGAUGAAAUAACUUCAGAGAAGCUGACCGGAGUAAAACUCUGGAUUACAUCAGGACCUAGGGAAAAGUUCACAGCUGCUGAAGUAUGUAAAUGUCUUAAAUACCUCAAUAACUGUUUAAAGAUCUAUUUACCUUGCUGAUCUUGUCUAGUAUUUUGAUCCUGUGAACUUCUUCAGGAUUCAGUGGUUCUCUUACAUCACAUCUUAUAGGCUUUUUGGAUUCAUAGAAGCAGAGCAGGAUGAUGCACACUCUGGCCGUCCUGUUUUGUAUGAUCUGGGGCAGGAUUGGUGCCUUGCAAAUGUGUCUGAGCCACAGUGCUGUACCCUGUAUGUAUGUUAGGUGGGCUGUUCACUGUUUACUAAUGGAUUACCUAAUGCCUUCUUGUUGGGAUUUUUGCAAAGAGUGCUAGACAUAGGGCAGAAUUCAGUGCAGCGUUAAGGUUCACGUUCUGUCAGUGCAAGGAUUUUUCCUUAUGCAAUGGAACAUUCUCCCCCUCUCCUCCCCUGUGCACCCCAUAAAUCUGUUCUACACAUUCCUCCAGUCCUCUGCAGCAAAUCUGGAGACAGUGUGCAGAGGGACAAUCACUAAAUUAUUUAGCUGAAUACCGCCCUAACUGUGCAAUUCUAACCAUGUCUACUCAGAAGUCUGUCCUGUUGGAUUCAGUGGGGCUUACUGUCAGGUAAGUAGUUUUAGGACUACAGCCUAAAUGUAAUCCACUAAAGCACUAAACAUGAAUGCCUAUUCAGAAUUGCUUAGAGCAGAUUAAUUAUGCCGUAACUUGUAAAGAGACCUUGAGUAUGCACUUAUACUUGAUAAAUUUAAAACACAUUGGUGGACUCACAGAUGAAAAACAGAAAAGAAAAGAAAGUGGACUAUGAAAGACUAAAGUUAGCCCUGUUCUGCCGUAUGCCAAACAGCAGGUAGUUUGUUAGCUUAAAUGCCUAUUUGCACUGCUUAAACUUUAACCAUCUUUAGGGUUAAUUUCCCCUUUGUCUUGUAAGAAUAAUAAGAUGGGGUUUCUUUACCAAAGGAGACUUAGUAUUUGUAAGGAUGUGCAAGCUGUGUUGUGUUGCUAUUCUAAUUUUCAAGGGUUAAAUUGUGUAAAAGCAGGAAAACCUUUCAUCCUGGCACUCAAGACUUUGUUGCUUUUUUCCUUUACAGUUUGAGGUUCUGAAGAAGUAUCUAGAAAGUGGUGGGGAUAUCCUGGUGAUGCUGGGAGAAGGUGGUGAAUCUCGAUAUGACACCAACAUCAACUUUUUAUUGGAAGAAUAUGGGAUCAUGGUCAAUAAUGGUAAUAACUGACCUGAGGACAAGCUUUCUUCUUUGGUCAGUCUUGAGAAUGUUUGCAUAUCAUAUAGUCAGAAACCACAAACAAGUGACCCAAUUUACAGCAAUUUGAGUGUGCUUUAUUAAUUUGAUAUUGCUAGGUCCCAAAAGAGCUAGUGACAGAGUAUGAUUGUAGCUGUACCAUCUUCCCUUUUCCAUGUUUGCUGAUUUUGAAAAUACUAAGCAAGUGAACAGUACUACGAUAAAGUACAUCCAAGUCUGAGGGAUAUUUGGUAUGGUGGCAGGCCUGAACUCUGUGUGAGCAGAGAGCAAGGUCCACAGAGUUUCUCUCUGUUAGGCUCUAAGUGAACAUCUCUUGCUGUAUUGCUUGCUGCGUACCGUUGUGCUGUGAUUUUCAUUUUUCUUUAAACCAUUGUGUGCACUGCACAUUCGAACAUUCAGCAGCCCCUCCUCUCUGUGGCCUCAGUGCAUGGACUGCAUUCAGUGGAUGCAAGAGCAGAGCAGUGCAAGGGCUUGGGGAAGGUGGAUUCAUGUGUGAUGUAGAACUGCCUUGGCCUAAAGUGAAUAGCUUGAUGAAUUGCUUCUGAUACAGCAAAAGAGCCACUGCACCUCUUAUCUUUCUUUGUGACUGUUCCAUUUGUACUUUUGCUAUGAUUGUACAUCUGCAUCUUCUUAUGGGCUGCCACAAGGAAAAUAUGAGAGAUUUGCCAGCUUUUUAAGGACCAUGGGCACAUUUGCAAACAGAAACUGUUGUGGGCAUCACAUGCCAGGCACACACUGAAGCCAAUCAAUUGGCUACUAUUCUUCUUUCAAGCCAAAUUUUAGUAGGGUGGGGGCGGGCGGGUCAUAUGAAGUCAGAAGGUGCUUUGUUGGCAACAUCAGCCUUCAUACAAUUAGAGAGAACCAGGAUCUAGAAUCCAUAGCCCAUACUUUGCAGCGCUGCAUCUUACUGGGAAAAAUAUUAUUUUUCGUUUCUCUUAAGACUCUGUGGUGAGAAAUGUGUAUUAUAAAUACUUCCAUCCUAAAGAAGCUUUGGUCUCCAAUGGAGUUUUAAAUCGGUAAGUAUUUGAUAGUGGAUGGUAUGUGGGUGCAUUCACAUUUUAUCUUGUGUAACUUAGCUAUAUUUUGCAACUACAAAUCAGUUAUUUUUGGGUUUCCAUCUAUAAGGGAAAUCAGUAGAGCUGCUGGAAAAACAGUAUCUGGGAUAAUAGAUGAAGACAACAGUGGAAAUGAUUCACAGUAAGUACCUUCUUUCCAGCCAUGUUACAAAUGCCAUCAAUGUUCAUUCUGAAAAGUUAUAAUAAAGCAUUGUGUGGGAAGUGCUCUUGAAAUAUGUAGAAUAUUCUAAUUAAUGCCUAAGAUUUUGUAUUUUGCCUCUUGAAAUGCUGCUUAAGUGGAGUAAUGCUACAAAAUCCAAGGAAGGGAACAGUUUUGCACAGUGUUCUGGAUUUUUUUUUUUUUACUGCUUAUGGACAUAAACAGGAUUUUAAUACAUCGUAAAGUAUAGUCCUUUUAAUUACUGAUUUGUAUCCACUAUUGGAAGGCCUCUUCCACUCACAAUGCAAUGGAAGAGCACUGUUUUUAAAAAGAGACACCCAAAUCCCAAGAAGUUAUUGCAUUGUCACAAGCUCUUUUUGAAGCACAGGUUCCUUCUCAAGACUUUCUUGUGGCCUGGAGUCUAUAAACUUCAGCCUUUUUCCUUCCUUAUUCAGUCUGUUGCCUAUACAGUAUUGUAACCUCUGCUAAAUUGUGGUACUGCCCCGGGAGAAAUAGAAGACUUCUGUGAAUGCUUGCUGAGCAGUACAAAUGAACUUUUCGUCCACUUUUGGUUCUUUGGAUCUAAGCCAUCACAAUUAAUUUUAGAGUGUUACAAAUACAUGGUAUCUUUUUUCUUUUUUUAAAGAAAAAAAGCUCCUACCAGCAGAAGAGCAUGAAGGGGUGUGGACAGAGAGAAUGGUUGAUUGUGUUUGACGGCAUUGCAAUUCUGUGAAAUAUAGAAAAUGCUUAUGACAGUCUUUGUACUAUUUUGUAGGGCUCUCACUUUUGUGUAUCCAUUUGGUGCUACACUUAAUGUGAUGAAACCAGCAGUGGCUGUUCUGUCCACGGGAUCUGUCUGCUUUCCUCUUAAUAGACCCAUCUUGGCUUUUUAUCACUUUAAGGUACAUAACUGCAUGAGCCAUCAAAUACUUGUAAAACAUGAUAUUUUGUAACUUCGUUCAUAAUUUCUGUUAUUUGCACAUCUUGUGCAACUUUAGCAGGAAAGCAUUCAGAUAAAAGCUCCUUUAUGUUGGAACCUUUGAAAAGAGUUGACCUAUAACAGGGGUAGGGAAGCACAUUGAACUGUUAUUGCAGUUCUUCCCCAGUUUUAUCAGUCAUUAGUAAUAAUAAUUAUACCAUUUCUAAAACACUUCUAAGACAAAAUGCUGAAAAGUGAAUAAAACUAAAGAUAGGCCCUGUUGUAAAUUUACAUUAUCAUACUUUUACUUCAUUUUUAGUGUAAUUUACUAACUUUAAAUAAUGUAUGGUAAAUAUGUUCAUUUGAAUUUUCUUACUUAUUUUCUUAGCUUAUCCCAAAAUAUUUGGAAAAGGGAACAGCAUGUUAAGCAUCCAUACAAAUUCAACUGAGAUGGAUAAAAACAAGAUAACUUGACAUUUGUACACAUAGUUUAUCCCAGUUAUUAAAGGCAUUCCAGACAAGUAUGCCUUGUAAUCUUUUCUUUAUUCUGCCCCAGUAGUGUCUGUGCAUUCAUAAUCUGUAUGAGCUUUUAAUGCCUUCUUAGAAACAUGUAAUAUGAGUGUAUGGUGUCCUCAAAACUGAGACUUUUAUUGGACAAAUUAAUUUUUAGUGUCCCAGCCAAUUCUAGGCUGCAUCAACAGAAAUAUAUUGUCUAGAUACAGGGAAGUAUGAGUUUGCUCUGUUCUGCCUUGGUCAGACCCGAUCAGGAGUACUGUGUCCAGUUCUGGGGACUGUGGUAUAAUAGGGAUAUUGGCAGUUUGGAACAUGUGCAAGAGGAUUCUGAAGAAAAUAGUAGAAUGUCUGUUAGGGCAGAGAAAAUGAUCAGAAGGAAAAUCUAAAAUCUGUUCAAGACACAUGAGGUGGAAUUCAAAGAGCUACUGUAGUACUGUGCCUCCAAUACCUAUCCCACACAGCCAAUCUAGGAAAAUACCACGGUCACCUGUCACAUCUGGCUUGUGAGGUGUAGUGGACAGAGGGAUCUGGCCUGUUGGUCAGACCAGAUUCCCCAAUCCUGCAAUAAAGUAAUGCAGAAUGUUAAAGAGUGUAAUAUGAAAAGUACACCUGGUAAGACAAAGCAUUGAUGUACAGUAUAAGUUAUUGAAUGUGUUCUACUGAUUUUUUCUUUGAUAGAAUCAAGGUGGCAAGUUAGCUGUACUAGGAUCUUGUCAUAUGUUCAGUGACCAAUAUUUGGAAAAAGAAGAAAACAGCAAGAUUAUGGUGAGCCUCUGUUGUCAACUUCACUGCUAAUACUUUAAUAAUGUAUGCCCUCUAACGAUCAGUUGAGCAGGUUUAUUUGAAGCUUAGGAGUUAUUCAGCAGAGUGAGCUGUCUUUUCAACCAUAUUAAGUUGAAGUUUUUGCUACUUGAUUCUUUUGGACGCUAUGGUAUGUAGUCUUUUUUGCAAUACAGUCGUACCUUGGUUUUCAAACAGCCUAGUUCUCAAAUGUUUUGGCUCCUGAACACCGCAACCCCGGAAGUGACUGUUCCGGUUUGCGAACUAUUUUUGGAAGCCAAACAUACGACGGAGUUUCCGUGGCUUCCGAUUGGCUGCAGGAGCUGGUCAAGCUAGAGAAAUGGAACAGAGCACUCUGCUUCAUCAGCCAGAUGAGAUUCCAUACUGGCCAUGGAGGAGGUGACAAACCUCUGCAGCCAGUAGUGAAGAUGAUUGGGCUGGCAAAACAGAGCACUCUCUUGCUUUCACUCGCCUGGAAGCAGUUCCACUUUAGAAUUCCUGGUUGCCAGUGGUGGCUAGGAAAGGGAUGCAAGACAGGACUGGUUUAGUGUGACAUCAGAAUGCAGCCACCACCUCUCUUGUAAUCAUUUACUCUAAAUAAUGUUUUCUGCUUCCAGCCAAUUUAAUAAUAAUAAUAAUUAUAAUAAUAAUAAUAAUAUCUUUAUUGUCAUUGCCCCCUUCGGGGACAACGAAAUUACUUGACUGCUCCAUAAAAACUCUAAUUAAUCAAUACAGUAUAAUACAGCAAGGGAGAUUAGAUGACUUUCAAAGUCCGGGCUUCCCAUUCAGGGCCGAGAUCGCUCUGGAGAAGAAGCUGUUCUUACCUAUAUGUGUCGUCUCCUAAGUGUGAUUGUUUGAAUAUGCCAAGGAACUUCUGUUGUUGUUGUUGUUGUUGUUGUUGUUGUUGUUGUUUUGCACUGUUAAUCUUGAUAAUUCAAAGAAUUCCACAAUUAUAACUGGGCUCUUUGGUUUCUUAGGAUGUACUGUUUCAGUGGCUUACAACAAGCGACAUCCAUUUAAACCAGAUUGAUGCAGAAGAUCCCGAGGUAAGGGGAACUAAUUCAACAUUAUUUAGUAACAUUAGCUUUGUAUAUCAUAAAGUAUAGCUGCCAACUUUGCUGAAUUUCUAUUUUUGCAUCUUUUACUUUUGUCCCUGCCAAGAAGAAAGCCUUGAUAAGCUGAAAGCAGGGGUAGCUGGUGCUGUGCCCUUUAGAUGCAGGCUCCAACUGCCAUUAUCCUUGACCAUUGGCCAUGGGAACCGGGACUGAUGUGGGUUGGGAGUUCGAUAACAUCUAGAGUGGACCCCAUUGACUACUCUUAACUUAAAGGCAAAAAGUUGAGUUGUUAAUUUUUACACUUGCUCUGUAAAGUUUAUUCGGUUCUAUCACUGUUUCAACUUUCCAAUUAUCUGAAACUUUAAAAUUACUUAGCAGUUUGUAGUAAUGUCAUGUUGUGAAGAAUACACUGAGAUGAAAAAUUAAAGUUAAUUUUCUUUCCUAUGAUGUCUGCCAUCAACAAAUAGGUUUUAUCAUGAAAAAUAAAGAGGUAUCAUAAUAUAUGUGAAUUUAGAAGUACGUACAGAAGAUGAAUUUAUUUCGACCAAACUUAUUAACUGCUGAAGAAGCUUUUGAAAUCCGUUUCCUAUAUCAAGAGAUGUAUAUAAGUGCUCAUAACUAUGACGGUUAGAAAAUUGGCCAAACUAAAUUAAAAUCCGCACUCUUAAGUGUAUUGUUUCUUGGAUAUAUGAUUCAAGAUGCAAUUCUUUUAUCAUGUAGUUGUUUAGCUCACUGGAAAGGUUCCAUUUUUAGUGUGAGCUGUCUCUUUGUUCACAGCAAUUUCCGUGUGCUUUUCCUCCAGAUAGCUGAUUAUACGAUGCUUCCAGAUAUAGCAACCCUGUCAGAGCGACUGCGAGUUUGCCUGCAGGAGGGAGAUGAAAAUCCACGAGACUUCACAACACUUUUUGACAUGUCUAUUUACCAGCUGGAUACCACUGCACUUCCAAAAAUCAUCAAGUUGGUGACCUCAUUUAUGUUUCCCAAAACAAUGGGUUGAAUCCAGAUUUUGCUGCCAGCAGCAGGAGUGAGGAGGCAACUUUUACCAGUUUUCCCCAUCACUUUGCACCCUGUGAAACUCUGCUCCAGAGGAUUGGGGGCUGGGAGAAUCAGCAGAAGUCACAUUACACACACACACACACACACACACCUGAUCAAAGGUUUCCUGUGUACAAAAGGAGAUCUUCCAUUUGCAGACAGCAAAGUCUGGAUCCAACUCAGUGUCUUUUUCUUCUUCAUUUUAGUUUAAUAGAUUUUAGGGCCUAUUCAUUGCAUUAUUUUCGUUGUUUAUAGGCUCUUUGAGGACAGAGUCCUCUCAAGCUGGAGGACAAGAUGGAGAACAAUAACACAAACAUUAAAUUACAAUAAAAAUAUAUUUUGUUAAAUACUUCUUAAAAUUUUAAAAUAUACAAUAGUAGGCAGCAGUAUAAAAUAGGCCAUAGAAUCAGCAGCAAAGUGCAUCAAGUAAAAGCCACUUGAAACAGGUAGGAUUUUUAAAGUCUUUUUGAAUACCAAGACUGAAAGGGCCACUGUGUAUCCUUUGGGAGUUACAAAGAACAGGGGCCACUACUGCAAAGACCCUAUCCUUGGUGAGCACCAAUCUUAACAAUCUUAAAGGUGGCACAGAAGCAGAGCUUCUGAUGCUGUUGUCUUCAAGGUUCAUAUGGGCAGAUGCAGUCCUUCAUAUAACGUGGCCUCAGGCUGUUCAGCAUUUUUAAGGUUCAGUAUCAGCACUUUGACUUGAAUUUCAAUAUGUUAUGCACCAUCAGCAGAAAGGUGGUUAAAUUUGGGGUUUUGCCCAUGUACACUUCUAAUCCUAGUUAUAAUUUUGGCAUAGUUAAAUUUAUAUCUAUCCUGGACUCGUGGUGAUAGUAAAAGUUGUUAACGCAUGCCAAAACUCCAAAGCAAAAAACCUAUAGCCAAUGCUGCAAACUUUACACAUUGUUAUACGUUGCAGGUCUUAUGAGCAGCUGAAUGUGAAAUACGAACCGCUCCAACUAAUUCAGCCUCAGUUUGAAACUCCGUUGCCUGCACUUCAGCCAGCUGUAAGUAACUGUCCUGGGAGAGGAAGGAAAUAAGGUUACAAGCAUUUAUGAGUAGGGUGAAUAGAUGGGUGAUUUCAGAAACAGAAGAGGCAACACAAUAUAUAGUGCAGGGAAAGUUCAAGGCUUAUUGGGUAGGAAGAGAGGAUCAGGCAGGUCAAGUCAUCUUGGCGGAAUGACUGAAAGUUACAAUGUGUGUUGAAGCAGGUCUAUGACUCGUAGGUCAGUGUUUCUCAACCUUUUUCCUACCGUGGCCUCCUUCUGACCUUGUUUCCUUCCUGUGGCCCCCCUGUCCUACUGGCAGAAAGGGUAGCUAUUCAGAUGUUUUGUUUGUAAAUAGAACAUGUUAUAUAUAUUUAUAAUUUCUACAAAAUACAAAAAAAUUAUACUUUAAGUAUUUCUCAAUCAAUGUGACCCUUGUGCUUGGUGACCAGAAACAAGCUUUUUUAUAUCUGGUUCUUUUGCUGCGAGGGAUAACUGAAGAUCACCUCUGUCCAUUACGUUGAGCCCAUUCUGUGUGAGGCUGAGUAACAAUUGCAUGCAGCAACAUGCCUCCUUUCACAGUAAUACUUGCACGAAGAAACAGCACCCCACACACUAACACUGCUGCAGCCACGCGUAUUGCCCAUGACAAACAACAUGUGGACAGCUUGGUGCAUGCAGUGGUGGAGGGCGGAAGUGGGAGGGAGAAGGAACUGGAAGUGACGUCGCUGCAAAGUGCAUGUGGCACUCCAUCCAUUGGGAAUCACGGUCACUUCUCUGUUCCCUUUACUUCUCUCUUUUCUAUUUUCUUCACUUCUUUGUUUCCUUUUUUCUUUUCUUGGUCAUUUUUCUAUUUUCUUCACUUUUCACUUCCCCUCUGUUGCUCCCUAGUCUCAUGCCAUGGUGUCCCAUUUAUGUGUUUUUCACCUGUGGACCCCUUGGAAUAUCCUGGGGUGUCAGAGAUCAGACUGAGGAUUACAGCUCUGAUGAGGAAUGGUGGGAACCUCUCCCUCUUCCUGCUCCUGACCAGGAUCCUGAAGCUGCCCAGGAACAGUAGAGCAGUAUAGAUCUAGAGAAUUGGUUUGCAGAGGGACAUAAUUCAGAAGACAAAAGCUGGGCAGAGCUGAGUGGGGAACGGAGAAACAGAACAGGAAGAGAGAGAGAGAUAACUGGCUCCCCUUCGCUGGAAAUUGUCCAGCCUCUCUCACCAAGGGCAAAGAGAGCUGCUAAGGUUACUACGCAGAAGGCUCAGUGGUUGCAAGAUCAGGUUGCCAGAAGGGGAAGUGACAAGGAUGGCUCAGGGAGAAGUAGGAGGAAGACUUAAUUGGGAGCACCUUAACUUUGAGAAUGGCUGUUUUGUUCUUUGUCUGUGAUCACUAAACACUCUUAAACUGGCAAGGGACUCUAAUUGCUUUGUUCUUCUGAUGCACAGCCAAUUGGGGGGGGGGGGAAGCCAUUUCCCCGACGCCUGAAAUGGGAGGGCCCGGGGGCAUAUGGCCCCCGGUUGGGAAACGCUGUUGUAGGUGACAAAAGUUUGUUUUUCAAAGGAAGGCAGUAAAAAUGAGGAAAAGUUUAACUCAGACAUUAUGUUCUGCCCAUCAUUCCUCAAAGUUAGAAAUUUCCUACAUGGACAGCCUAACUUAUUUUAUGUGUCCAGUCCUUGCAGCUACUCACAUUUCUCUCAAUUCAGGCUAUGCCCUGAACACACUCUAACCCUUCCAAGACCUGACAUCCUGUGGUUAGGAAACAAGUAAUCUGGUGCCUGCUUUCGUCUCACCAAAAUGCUUAAGCUGAAUGUCACUGAUUUUCCCAAAGUAGAAAUUGGAAAUGUCAAACCUGUAUAUGUUUUUGAAGGGGCUAUAAACAGAAUAGUUUACUUUCUGAAGCUUACAUUGUAUAAACAAGAUUACAGCAUGCGAGUAGUUUAAUUAGAGCCUGCACCAAUGCUUUUUUUCUCUGAACAAGUAUGGGCAGACUCAGCUUGUUAAGUUUUGCCUAAUCUCUUACUAGGUUUUUCCACCGGCCUUCAGAGAGCUGCCUCCUCCUAGCCUGGACCUGUUUGAUUUGGAUGAAACUUUCUCUUCUGAGAAAGCUCGCCUUGCUCAAAUAACAAACAAAUGUAAGUAGUGCAAACAUUUGAACUUGGGAUUGUUAAACCAUUUGUGGGAUGGGCAGGGGAACUUUCUAGAUGAAGAGCUUCUCAAACUUUUAUCUCCAGGGCACACUUUAGAAAGCUGAAAAUUACUGAAGUCCUCCGUAUUAUGCAUACCUUAAAAUUUUUCCAAAAUGCUUUGCAUUUUGUUAAGAAAACCAGAUCUUUUAAAUCUGUUUCCUCCAUGCUAAUGGAGGUACUCUAGAUCAGGAUAGAUAAUAUGUAGCCCUCUGGAUGUUAUUGGACACCAGUUACCACCAGCCCAGCCCCAGCGGUCAGGGAUGAAGGAUCCUGUGAUCUAGUAAUGUGUGGCUGCAUAUAGGCUCUGCAUCCCUUCUCUGCUUGUGGAAACCCAUAUAAUAUCUUUAAAUGAUUUGGCAAAUUUUGUGUGUAUUAUGCUACUUUUAUGUCCUUAUUAGGCACUGAAGAUGAUCUGGAAUUCUAUGUCAGAAAAUGUGGGGACAUCCUAGGGGUAACUAACAAACUACCAAAGGAGCAGCAAGAUGCCAAACAUAUCCUGGAGCACAUUUUCUUUCAAGUGGUGGAGUUCAAGAAGUUAAAUCAGGUAAACUAAUAGGCAUUUUUCUUGAAGCCCUGUCCAAUGGUCAUUGGGAAAGAUAUGAAAGCCAGGUUUCUGGGAAAACAGACUCCCUGAUCUCAGUGAUCUAUAGAGGAGGCACCGCAUUAAAAUUAAUAAUAAAAUAGGACUUGAGCUUUAUCUAAUUUGCUUUUCAAGUUAAUUGAGUAUUCUGUUCCAACACCUCUUUGAGAAGAAAAAAAAAGAUGGGUGGAGAGAAUUCUUUCUAGCUUUUUUGUGAUUCUGUGUGCUCCUUAUAGAAAGCAAUAUUAAAUACCUAGUUGACAGUUGAGCAUAUUAGACUUUAUGCUUCCUCCUUUCUUGACUGCCAGAUUCCCUCCUUCAUUUUAGUGGCAACCCUCGGGCAGUGUUAUAUGUGCACCAAUGUUAAUGCUAACCAGGGCUGUCUAAACCCAGAGUUUGCAAUCCCAUUUCUAGCUGUGACUACAAACUGGUUAGUGGUAACAUUUUUACGGACAUUGAUAGUCAGCUGUGCAAAUAGGAAGAGGAAUUUACAUGAGAAGAGUGGGGAAGAAGAGUGUGUGAGCCUUCAGGGUGCUCCUAAUCUGUUAAACAUGGGCAAGAGUUUAUGGCCCAGGGCCGAUACAUUGUUCCCAAAGUCUAGGAGCUGAAAACCUUCAAGACCAUUUAAAUUUUAUUUUGGACCCUGAAAAUGCAAAGGAGCCUAGAGUCAUUUGUAUGUAUUGACAAAUAUCCUUUUUCUUUUCUUUAAAGGAGCAUGAUAUUGAUACAAGUGAAGCUGGAUUCCAGGGUGGCUUUUGAAUAUUUGAAAGGAAAUUUGAUGUCACAGGGAAGGAUAAUAGAACAGCUUCUCUUAUUUUGUUUUGGCUUUUUUUUCUUCAAUAAACUGGCUUGCUUUGCUUCUUCCUGCCAUUUUCUGUACCCUAUGUUACCUUACAAAUAUGUAGAUAGUCUAAAAUGCCGAAGCCAAAUGAGGGAUUGCCUUAUAGGCAGCAAUAAUUUUGAUAAUUUCUUAUGUAUGAAGCAUUCCAUAUUUAAUAUUUCUAUUUAUAAACAAAUAAAUAUCACAUUUUGUACAACCUAAAA